AUGACCAAGGCCAACACCUCCAAAUCAGCUGGUGCCUGCACUCACUGCGGCAAGAACGGUCAUCGACCGCACAACUGCUGGACGAAGUUUCCGGAGAAGGCUCCAAAAACCAAGUCUGCCCACCUCACACUUGUCGAUGGGUACAACCAGCUCCAAAGUGUCACCAACUGGUGCACGCUUCCAGAUGGAACUCGCAUGAAUGCCGACAACGGUGGGCCAGCUACACUAACCGUAGC